GAAGGAGGAGAUGCAUCUGUACAAUGCAUGGCUGCCGCCGGCUGUGGCGGAGGAGACCAAGCGAGAGAAGGAGUCCUUCACUAGCGUCGUCACCUCGGUCAAGCUCGCCUACAACUCGGACGAUCCCGACUCCGUCUACGCCACUCUCAAAUGGAUCUCCGUCAUUGACCUUUUCAUAAAGGCUAGAAGCGAACUAGCCCCAGAAGAUGUUCUUGAAAUUGUGGAAAUUGGGUUAGAAUUGUUUCACAACUCGCAGGGCAGAAUUUAUGCUCAGGUUAGAUGGGGAAACAUCUUAGUCAGAAUUCUUAACAAAUAUCGAAAGAAGUUGUCCUUGAAAGUUCAGUGGCGGCCUCUGUAUGAUACUCUGGUUCGUACACAUUUCACUAGGGAUACAGGUCCAGAAGGGUGGAGAUUGAGACAGAGGCAUUUUGAGGCAAUUACUUCCCUUGUUCGAUCUUGUCGGAGAUUUUUUCUACCAGGUUCUGCGUUUGAGAUAUGGUCUGAAUUUAGGACUCUAUUGGAAAACCCUUGGCACAAUUCAUCAUUUGAAGGGUCCGGGUUUCUGAGACUGUUUCUUCCUACAAAUGUGGACAACCAGGAUUUCUUUUCAAAUGAUCGUAUUAGAGAAUUCAUAGACCUCUGGGACUCAAUCCCGAACUGCCAAUUCUGGAACAGUCAAUGGGCUGCUGUUAUUGCCCGUGUUGUAAAGAACUACAGCUUUAUUGUCUGGGAAUGCUUCCUACCCACACUUUUCACCAGAUACUUAAAUAUGUUUGAGGUUCCUGUGGCAAAUGGAAGUGGAUCAUAUCCUUUUUCUGUGGAUGUCCCUAGAAAUACAAGAUUCUUGUUCUCAAAUAGAACAAUGGCUCCUACAAAAGCCAUUGCAAAAUCAAUAGUGUAUUUGUUGAAACCUGGUAGUUUGGCGCUAGAGCACUUUGAGAAAUUGGUCAACCUCUUGGAGCAAUAUUACCAUCCCUCAAACGGUGGUCGUUGGACUUACUCAUUGGAGCGGUUUCUCCUCCAUUUGGUAAUAACAUUCCAGAAACGCUUGCAGCAUGAACAGCAGAACACAGAUAAAGGUAGAGAGGGUGGCCUGUUUCUAGGGAAACCAGAACGCACUGCAUUUGUCGCGGUUGUGCUGAAGUUAAUCGAUCGUGGGCAGUAUAGCAAGAAUGAACAUCUUUCUGAAACUGUUGCUGCAGCAACUUCUAUUCUGUCUUACGUUGAGCCCUCUAUGGUUCUCCCAUUUCUAGCAUCUCGAUUCCAUCUGGCAUUAGAGACGAUGACUGCCACACAUCAGCUUAAGACGGCGGUGAUGUCAGUGGCGUUUGCUGGGCGUUCACUGUUUCUGACCUCCCUAUCAAUCACGUCCAAGGAAGCAGUGGAUCUUGGUGGUGAAAAUAUGUUCAUUGAUCUUCUGAUGAAUUCAUUAUCCAAUGCGUUACUUGGUAUGGAUGCCAAUGAUCCUCCAAAAACCUUGGCAACCUUGCAGUUAAUUGGUUCCAUAUUUUCCAAUAUGGCCACUUUGGAUGACAAUAUGGAUGAACUACCUAUGAUUUGUUUUUCUGAUUGGCUGGACGAAUUCUUAUGUCGCCUAUUUUCAUUGCUUCAACAUUUGGAGACAAGUAGUGUUUUGAGUGAAGGCCUACAUUCAUCAGCUACAUCAGGAACUUUUUUGGUUGAGGACGGUCCUUAUUACUAUUGCAUGCUUGAAAUUUUGCUUGGGAGACUCUCAAAAUCACUAUAUAGUCAGGCUCUGAAGAAAAUUUCUAAGUUUGUCAGAACAAAUAUUCUUCCUGGGGCCAUUGCGGAGGUUGGAUUGCUCUGUUGUGCAUGUAUUCAUUCGAAUCCAGGAGAGGCAGUUUCGUAUUUUGUUGAACCAAUAUUAUUAUCUGUUCUAUCAUCCUUUAAAGGAACACCUUCAACGGGAUUUGGAGGAAGAGGAACCUCUGAGGCCUCAGUUUCAUUUUCAACUAAGGCUAAACCUACAAUUUCUCCAGCACUUGAAACUUCAAUUGAUUACCAAUUGAAAAUAUUGUCAGUUGCAAUCAGUUAUGGUGGUGCUUCUCUUCUUCGUUACAAGGAGCUGUUCAAAGAAGCUAUAGCUUCGGCCUUUGAUUGCCCAUCAUGGAAGGUUAAUGGAGCUGGGGAUCAUCUUCUUCGUUCCCUCCUUGGGAGUCUGGUCCUCUAUUAUCCCAUCGAUCAGUAUAAAUGCAUUUUGCGACACCCCUCUGCAGCUGCAUUGGAGGAAUGGAUAAGCACAAAAGAUUAUUCAAAUGGUGAAUCAUUAAUAGCCCCAAAAUGGCAUGUUCCGAAUGAUGAAGAGGUUCAGUUUGCGAACGAACUUCUGAACCUGCAUUUUCGAUCAGCUUUAGAUGAUCUUCUAAAGAUCUGCCAGACCAAACUUCAUUCUGACCCAGGAAAUGAGAAAGAGCACCUGAAAGUUACUCUGCUGCGAAUUGAUUCUUCCUUACAAGGUGUUUUAUCCUGCUUACCUGAUUUCAGCCCAACUCCUAGGAAUGGAAUGGAUGAAGAUCCAAGUCAUAUUCCUUUCUUCAUAGCUGGAGCAACAGGGUCAAGUGUUGGUAGCACUGAACUCCGGGAAAGAGCUUCUGAGAUCAUACAUGUAGCCUGCAAAUAUAUGUUAGAGGAAAAAUCCGAUGACAGCAUCUUGUUGAUACUCGUUACCCGCAUAAUGGAUGCUUUAGGAAACUAUGGGAGUUUAGAGUUUGAUGAAUGGGCAAAUCACAGGCAGGCUUGGAAGUUAGAAUCUGCUGCCAUUGUAGAACCUUCAACAAACUUUAUUGUUUCUUCUCAUUGUAAAGGAAAACGAAGGCCAAGGUGGGCUUUAAUUGACAAAGCAUACAUGCAUGGUACAUGGAGGUCUUCCCAGUCUUCCUAUCAUGUCUUUCGUACAACAGGGAGUUUCUCUCCCCCGGAGCAUGUUAAUCUUUUGAUGGAUGAUCUUCUAAACCUCUCUUUACAUAGCUAUGAAACUGUUCGCAUACUUGCUGGCAAAUCUCUGACAAAGAUGAUUAAGAGGUGGCCAGCAAUGAUUUCAAAGUGUGUGGUCUCCCUUACUGAAAAUUUACGGAACCCCAACGCACAAGAAUUUGAAGUUCUUGGUUCAUGUGCUGUUCUUUCUACACAGACAGUUAUUAAGCAUUUGAUGAUGGAUGCAAAGUCAUUCUCGUCAUUUCUUCUUGGAAUUCUUUCUAGCUCACAUCAUGAAUCUCUCAAAGCUCAAAAAGCAAUCAAUGAGCUUUUUGUCAAAUACAACAUCCACUUUGCUGGAGUUUCUAGAAGCAUUUUCAAGACUCCAGAUAAUGCUAUAGAUGGACCAGACUUUACAGACUUGGUUUCCCAGAUUGGAUCUAUGAGUUUUGAUUCUAAUGGCUUGCAUUGGCGGUAUAAUCUCAUGGCUAAUAGAAUUCUGCUUUUAUUGGCAAUGGCAUCUAGAAAUGUAGCAAACUUCUCAUCAAAGAUCCUUAGUGAAACAGCAGGUCACUUUCUAAAGAAUUUAAAAAGUCAGCUACCUCAGACAAGAAUACUUGCAAUUUCGGCAUUAAAUACACUAUUGAAAGAGUCGCCAUACAAACAAUCAGCUCAGGACGGACUAGUGGCUUCUGGGGAAUCACAAGGAAUUACCAAAUCAUCUCUUGAAGAAGCAUUAACAGAGAUUUUUCAGAAAGAGGGAUUUUUUCAUGACACCUUGAGUAGUCUUUCUCAUGUUCACAUAAUUACCGAUGGUGACAGCACAUCUUCAAGAGGAAAUCAUGGAAAUUCUUUUCAAAGUCUAGCUGACAAAUCAAUCACCCGUUUUUAUUUCGACUUUUCAUCUUCAUGGCCUCGGACACCUAGUUGGAUCUCAUUAUUAGGAAAUGAUACGUUUUACUUCAACUUUGCACGAAUUUUCAAGCGGCUUGUACAAGAAUGUGGUAUGCCGGUUUUGUUGGCACUUAAAAGUACAUUGGUGGAGUUUGCAAAUGCCAAAGAACGGUCGAAGCAAUGUGUUGCUGCUGAAGCAUUGGCUGGGAUGUUGCACUCUGAUGUCAAUGGUCUUUUAGGAGCUUGGGACAGCUGGAUGAUGGUUCAAUUGCAGAAUAUCAUUCUUGCUCGGUCAGUGGAGUCAAUACCUGAAUGGGCAGCUUGUAUACGCUACGCAGUUACUGGAAAAGGAAAAUAUGGUACAAAAAUUCCUCUUUUGAGGCAACCAAUCUUGGACUGUUUGAUGACACCCUUACCUCCAACUGUGACUACCACCAUAGUUGCGAAGCGCUAUGCUUUUCUAUCAGCUGCUCUAAUUGAAAUAUCCCCACAGAGAAUGACGGUGGCUGAGGUCCAUCUCCAUGUUAAACUUCUAAAUGAGCUGAAGACCAAUAUGUGCCACUCGUCGGCCCAAGUAAGGGAAGCUAUAGGUGUUACCCUUUCUGUGUUGUGCUCUAACAUUCAGCUGUAUACAUCACUUGCCCACAAUCAUUCUCAUGAAGAGGGAAACAGUGACAUUGAUGAUCAACUUAAGGAGGAAAAUUGGGUUCGCUUUCUCACAGAACGAGCAUCUGACGCAGUAACAAAUAUUCAAAAGAUCAGCCACACUGACAAUAUGGAGCCCUCAGCGGAUUCAGGUCCACAAAAUGGGCAUUUGAAUGGAGAUUCACGCGAUGACAUAAAAUGGAUGGAAACGAUAUUUCACUUUAUCAUAUCAACCUUGAAGUCUGGAAGAUCAUCCUGUUUACUAGCUGUCAUCGUAGAGCUUCUGAAUCCUGUAAUUUCCUUGCAGGAAACAUCAAAUAAGGAUUUGUCAACCCUGGCCAAGGCUGCCUUUGAAUUGCUAAAAUGGAGGGUUUUCAAGGAACCUCAUCUCCAGAAGGCUGUUUCCAUUAUUCUUUCUUCUUGUGGUGAUUCAAACUGGCGGACUAGAUCUGCCACCCUGACAUAUCUGCGAACUUUUAUGUACAGGCAUACCUUCAUUCUCUCAACUGUUGAGAAACAACAAAUUUGGCGGGCUGUUGAAGAUCUCCUUCGAGACAAUCAAGUGGAGGUUAGGGAGCAUGCUGCAGCGGUUUUAGCAGGGCUAAUGAAGGGUGGGGAUGAAGAUCUGGCCAGAGACUUCCGAGAUAGAGCUUACACAGAGGCAACUUCAAUACAUAGAAAGAGAAAGCAGAGGAGUUCAAAAGCGGGUCAGUCAAUAGCUGCUAUCCAUGGUGCUGUGCUUGCUUUGGCAGCCUCUGUAUUAUCAGUCCCUUAUGAUAUGCCCAGUUGGUUGCCUGAGCAUGUUACAUUACUUGCUCGCUUUGGUGGAGAGCCAUCCCCUAUAAAAUCUACAGUUACAAAAGCCAUAGCUGAGUUUCGGAGGACUCAUGCAGACACAUGGAAUGUACAGAGAGAUUCAUUUACUGAAGAACAACUUGAGGUUCUGGCUGAUACAUCGUCCUCAUCAUCUUAUUUUGCUUGAUUCACAUUGCCUUAUAGGACCCGAAAGAAUACAGUAGACGAAUAAUGAAAAUCAUAGUGAGAAAUCUUUGUAAUUCCUGAUACAUAAUAUCAUAGUUCAUAAGAAUGAGUUUAUUUACAUUUGCAUAA